AUGGCCUUCGCUUGUAGCUCCAAAUUUCCGGUCUUUCUUUUCGUAGUCUGUUACGUUCUCAUCGCCACUUCUUUCGCAAUAAGAAGUCCAAGUGUCAAGCCCUCAACAACUUUGAUCCAAAAUAUUUGCUCAAAAACUCAGAACCCUACCUUUUGCAAUCAUAUAUUGAAUUCCGAUCCUCGAAGUGUACACGCUGAUCUGAAAGGCCUGGUCCAAAUACUCAUCGAUAAGACAUAUUCUAGGGGUAAUCGUGCAUUAACUGUGAUAGCGUCUCUUUACAAAAAUGCAAACAACAAUGAGACCAAAGAUCAAUUAUAUUCGUGUGCUAUGUCUUACAAAAGUGCAAUGAACAAUCUCAAUAAGGUGAAUGCAGCUCUAAAGUCCGGUAAUAGAGAAAUAUAUAGUGAUCUAAUAUCUGUUAUAGAUGGAGCUGAGUCAUGUGACGAUGUAUAUGACGGACCGCCAGUCAUUCCUCCUAAGCUUGAAAAAGCUAACAAGAACUUUGAGGAUAUUGCUUACAUUAUUUUCACAAUUAGUAAACUUUUGUAA